AUGCGCCCGUCUGCCGCCUUUCCCGAGCAGUACUACGACAACACGGUAUUCCACCGAAUUAUCCGCAAGUUCAUGGUGCAGGGGGGAGACCCCACGGGCACGGGCAAGGGCGGGGAGAGCGUCUACGGUAAGCCGUUCCGGGACGAGAUCCACACGCGCAUCAAGUUCAACCACCGCGGGCAGGUGGCCAUGGCCAACGAGAACGAGCCCCGCACCAACCACAGCCAGUUUUUCUUCACGCUAGACAGCGCUGCGCAUCUGGACAAGAAGCACACCAUCUUUGGCAAGGUUGUCGCGCUCGGUCGUGUGUUGCGAUCUCCAACUGCGUUGCACAAAAUGGCAGGUGCUUCUCGUCUUGUGUGA